UCCCUCCCCCCACACUCUGCUACUGCCGCUGCUCCCUCGCCUCGCUCAGUCCGUCCGUCCCCUCCUCCUGCUCGCCUCCCUCUCCUUGAACCCACAGACCGCGCAGCGCGCAGCGCAGAGCACCGUGUUGCGCGCGACGUGGGCGCCCGGCUCCGUGUCCUCCGCCGGGUUCUUUGGAUUCACUUCCUUUCUCCCAGGUGCCAGCCAUCCCCUCCCCCAUUUAUUUCCGCUGCCCCUCCCCGGCCCCCGGGCGUUCCCGCACGGCCCGGCCAUUAACUCCCGCCCGCUCGCCCGCCACCGGCAUUGAUCCGGCCGGGCGUCGUGAGCUGGGCGUCUGGUGGGCGUGAUUGCAGGAGCUUUCUCUCUUUACAGGCUCGUGCCGCCGGCCUCUUUUUGGGCCGUCUUUAAUAAUCCUCGCCUCUGCUUCCUGAAUCUUGCGGACGGUCUCUGCUUCCGUUCUUGAUCUCGUUCCCCCACCCCCAAAUACGCCAUUCGCUGGUCCUUCUUUUCCCCGUCAAUCGCCUCUCGAGGGAUUCUUGCUCCUUUUGGUCCGAGCCGCCGAGCAAUUCUUGGGAAUUCCUGCUUCUCCUUCCCAGUGUGGAAUCUUCCAAACAAGGGGCGAAAAAAGGGGGAGGGAGAGGAAGAAUCCGCCCUCCUCCCUUUUGCUUUAGGAUAUCUAUAUAAACUGUUCUUAGUGGGGGUACUGGAAAAGGGGGGCGAAAUUGGGAGGGGAUUGGAGGGAGGAGCCAUCCCAUCCCUGGACCUGUAUGAGGAAGCAUUGAGACAAUGAGAGAUGAGACUCCAACCAAGAACAGGGUAAGUGACCAGACUACACAUCAAUCAACAGCUACUACUAUUAUCUUCACAAUUUUUCUGUGUCCGGUCUCUGAUCUUGCUUUGUUUCUGAUUGGUGUGGGGGAAAAGCUGUCCUGGUCCAAGACCAUCGUUAGGAAGUGGUUCAACAUCAAAACAAAGGCCAAGGACUUCCAUUCGGAUUAUGGAGUCGAACAAGUGGGGAUGCAGUGGAGGACCAGCUUCUCAGAGAGGGAUGUAUGCAAGACCAAGAAGAGCAGAACAGAGAGGUUGCCCAGGAAGAACUCCGAUCGAGACUGUCGAGCAGGAAACGGGAUCGACCGCGCCUACAUCACAAACACGCAGGACUACAGGGUCUUUGCUGGUACAUGGAAUGUGGGAGGAAGGUCACCAUCCAGUCAUCUGAACCUGGAGGACUGGCUCCAUACUUCUCCUGCUGCUGAUAUAUACGUCAUUGGGUUUCAGGAAAUUGUUCCUUUGAAUGCUGGCAACGUCCUGUUGACCGAAGACAACGGUCCAGCCAAAAAGUGGGUUUCUCUUGUGAGAAAGACGCUAAAUAAUCUAGAUCUCCAGGGCUCUGCUGGGUACAACUACCAUACCCCGUCGCCGGCUCCGGAACCUAUCGCGGAGCUUAAUGUUGAUUUCGAGAGAUCAUCGAGGAGGCAAAAGAACUCUUCGUUCUUCCAUCGGCGUUCAUUUCAGUCCUUGGGUCGAAGCUCAAGAAUUGACAUGAUGGAUCCACACUCCCUAGUGGACCGACGGUUCAGUGUUUGUGACCGGAUUAGCUUUGGGAGCAGGCCGAGCGAUGUUGACACCAGUAUGAGGUGCGGUGGGUCCUCUGAUGAUGAGAAUAUGGACGAGGAAUCACCUGGUGGCACCUUCUUCUCACCAAUGCCAUGUGGAUAUGGUGCUCCACUAUCAACAGAUGACAAUAACAGACGGUUGGUAAACUCCAACAGGUAUUGCUUAGUUGCUAGCAAGCAAAUGGUUGGGGUUUUCCUAAUGGUAUGGGUGCGGAGUGACAUAAGGGAGCAUGUGAAGAACUUGAAGGUGUCAUGUGUUGGAAGAGGCUUGAUGGGAUAUCUUGGAAAUAAGGGAUCGAUAUCAAUUAGCAUGUCUCUGCAUCAGACAAGCUUCUGCUUUGUUUGCACACACUUGACAUCAGGUCAAAAAGAUGGCGAUGAACUUAGAAGAAAUGCGGACGUGGUGGAAAUAUUGAGGAAAACCAGAUUCCCACAUGCUCAUGGUGCACGCGACGAGAAGUGGCCAGAGACAAUCCUUGACCAUGAUCGAAUAAUAUGGCUCGGGGAUCUGAAUUACCGGAUAGCUCUUUCCUAUCGCUCUGUGAAGGCUUUGGUUGAGAUGCACAAUUGGAAACAAUUGUUGGAAAAAGAUCAGCUUCGUAUAGAGCAAAGGUUCGGUCGGGUAUUCGCGGGCUGGAAAGAAGGAAGGAUUUACUUUCCACCCACGUACAAGUACUCGUACAACUCCGACAGAUACGCAGGCGACGACAUGCACCCAAAUGAGAAGCGGAGGACACCCGCAUGGUGCGAUCGGAUUUUAUGGUAUGGCAGAGGCCUAAACCAACUAUGUUACGUCCGCGGCGAGUCUAGAUUCUCGGACCACAGGCCUGUAUACAGCAUUUUCACGGCGGAGGUUAAACUGCCGAGCCAGGCCCAGUUCGGCAGCUUCACUCGGUCCAGCUCCCUAAUGGGGGUGGAUGAACUGCCAUAUCCAACUUAUCCACGCAGUUACACAGAUAUCAACUUUUACUGAUUGUGCAUCCCCACGGAGCCAAGACAUUCUUUCUUCGGUGCCAGAGUAGGAGUAGGCCUGAUGUCUGAUGAAACUUCAUUCCUCCCAAGAUUCCAGCAACUGGAAUAUUUUCCAGGCAACAGUUUGCUUGGACUAACAGGUACCUCACCUCUGACCGUUGUGCAGAUUGCAGAUACUCUAGCCAAGAAGAUGGCUUGUAAUUCCAGAUUUAGGUAGGAAGGUUUGCGCCGUUCGUUCUGCACAGUUUUGAUUGAUUCUAACCAUCUACGGGCGGACACAAACGCAACCAAAAUGCAAGAUAGUUGUGGUCCUGAUUUGAGCUAGCAGUACGAGUAGCCACUGACAGCCGAAGCUAAUUUUGUGGCGUGCCUUUUGGAUUAUUUUUUUCCUUUUCCCGAGCGGUUUGUGACUCUGGAAGGGAAGGCUUGUUUUUCUUUUUCCUCUCCGUUUUUUUGCUUGGUCUCGUGAUGUAACAAGAGCCGCUUGGCUCAGCUCGGUCAUUUUUAGUCAAUAGAAAGAAACAGCCACCAUUUGUACAGCA